AUGAUAGCCAUUUCUGUACAAGAGACAACAAGAGAUAUUGUAAAAGGAGCAUCGCUAUCGUUUUGCCCUCCAAGACAUGACGAACUGGAUUAUCGGGCUACUCACACGUCGAGUUUCUGGAAGCUAAGCGAACACACACCUGGACUUGAGAACAAAUGUGAAUCACAGUACUUACGCAGAUUCGAUGAAGACGUUGAAUACAAUUCUCAGUUGGCAGUUUAUCGUUACCCAGAAGGACAGCAGCCGCGAGUAAUCAAAACCGAAGACCGCCCCUCGACGCGCACAAGAUCGGAAGAUUUCGAUGCUCCUACCAAUGAACAGACGCUCUUGCAGGUUGAAAAAUGCGUGGAAGGUGAAUUACAGCAAGCACAGCAGUGCGAAGCUGUAUUACAAAAACCGCCGUUCACACAUGCAGAUCUUCAGUCGAUGGCCACAAAGGUCAAUUACCUCUACCAAGAAGCCUUAAGUAGGGAAAAAGUAAACCACGAAGUAGCGCUCAAGAAUGCUCGUGAUGCAAUGGAACGUUAUGAGGAGAGCACAAGGAAAAAUGCUUUUCGCCGGGAAAUGAGACUCAUCUUAGACACGGGCGAUUUCGAUAGUGAUACGAUGAAGGAAGUUCCAAAAUUAGCGAGCAAGGAAUUCUCAUAUUACAUGCCAGUUUUUGGGCAAGGAUGGCGUCACCAAAAAAGGGGGUACUUUGAGGAAUCACCACGAGGGUACACGACACACAUAAAUGCGGUGAAAUCAUAUGAACAAAAGAUAGAAAAAAGGAUAUCUGAUUAUCUGGCCACUGUGGACACGUCGCCCAACGAUCCUUUGUCAGCUACUGCAAGGCUUUUUUCACUUGCCUACGCAGCUGUAAAAAUGUACCUUCCACCAUUCAAAUUUCCCGAUCUGUGCCAAGCCGUGAAAGGUCUCGGAGUAGAACUUGGAACAAAACACUUGACGCAAGACGGAUAUGUAAAUAUGGCAAGAGUGAUAAGUGAAGACAUGAAAGGACGACUAAUAAGAUACAUACAAAAGAAUCAGUCUCCAUUUUCACUUCUCAUUGACGGAUCCACUGAUAUUGGCGGAAAGCAGAUAUUACUAGUUUUCAUACGAUUCCCUGACGCUGUAAGUCUGGCUCCGAAUACUCAAUUACUCGAGGCUAUAGAGAUAAAUGAAGCUGAAACCGGAUUAAAUCUAUUUAAUGCCGUUCAUGAUAUUUUCGCUAGAAAUCACUUUAUCAAGGAACUGCUUUGGAACUUGAUAGCUGUCGCAACUGAUGGAGCAAAAAACAUGAUCGCUGAAGGAGGUUUACAAGGUAGACUCAAUGCAAACAUCUCUCAGUCACGGAAAAAUGACUUGAUGAUAUACGGGGCAACAAAUGAGGAGCUAUCGAAGGUUUCAGAGAAGCCAAUCGUGUGGAUACAUUGUCUUGCGCACAAAGUUGAGUUAGCUCUUGCCGAAGCAUUGAAAGGAGAAGAAACUUCUCAGUCACACAAAUGGCGUAUUUUUGCCACUAAUUUUCUCAACAAACUUUACUCAUUUUUUGGGUCAGUUGCUACGAAAAGACGAAGAAAAUUAGAAAGAGCGUGCAGAUCAUUAGAAAACUGCAGAUUACUAAAAUUGAAAGAAAUCAUAGAAAUACGUUGGGCAUCUUCAGAAAAAGAUGCUAUUCACAACUUCUUAAAAAUGUACAAAUCUUUGUGGCUUGCACUGCAUGACAUAUCGCAAAGUCAUGAUGAGUUUGACAAACAAACAAGAACCAGGGCAGCUGCAUUUCUUUCUGUAUUGAAAUCCAUAAAAAUGUACAGAUAUCUGUUGUUCCAAUUGGACCUACUUAGUAUUAUCGGUGACUUAUCUAAAAAAGCGCAGGACCAGUCUUCGACAAUAUGGGCUACGGAAACCGAAGUUUCUAAAACCACAUCUGUACUGAACAAUUUCGCUGACAAACCGUGGGAGUCACAAGUUUCAUCGGACUUUCAAAACAUUGUGUUGUGCAAGUUGGCGCUCGGCGGGAGAGGCUUUCAUUUUAAUGCCCGCGACGAUGAAAAAUGCAGAAACUGA